UUUCUAAAUAAACUAAAAAUAAGAGGACCUGACAAAUUAACCCUUAAACACUACAAAUAAAAUCCAACCUGCUCGACCCUACCCUCGCGCCCUUCUCAUCAACUCCAAUUCCGAUCCCGAUUCCGAUACCUAUUCCAAUUCCAAUCCAUUUCAUUUUUUUUUUUCAAUUCUAGGGUUUCAAAUAAUCUCUUUUAAGAAUUAUAAUAAUCACAUCUUUCUCGUUAUGAUUAUUGUUUUUUUAUGAUUUGUUGAAUCAAAAUUCUAUGACUCUGAAUCUCCAACCAAAACCCUAACCCUAAGCCUAGCGUGUUUUCUCGCAAUAAGUUCUUUCAAUUCCAUCCAAUCUAGUCCAUGGAGCCACCGCCGCAGCUUUCAUCGAAUAGAAUGACCCGCGGACACGGUGUGGGGGACGGGCCGGAGGCUCCGUCGAACAAUCUUUGGGUGGGAAACUUGUCUGCGGACACGAAUGACGGUGAUUUGAUGGACCUCUUCAUUAAGUAUGGUGCGCUUGAUAGCGUUCGGACGUACUCGUCUAGGAACUUUGCGUUCGUGUACUUCAAGCGCGUGGAGGAUGCUAAGGCUGCGAAAGACGCGCUUCAAGGGACCGGUUUUCGUGGAAAUGCGCUCAAAAUCGAGUUUGCGCGACCGGUCAAACCUUGUAAACAUCUAUGGGUGGGUGGAAUCAGUGCAACUGUAUCAAAAGAAGAACUGAAAGAGGAAUUUAUCAAGUUUGGUAAAAUUGAGGAUUUUAAACUCCUUAGAGACCGGAAUACUGCAUUUAUUGAGUAUUUUAGAUUGGAAGAUGCUUCCCAAGCCAUGAAAAACAUGAAUGGCAAACAAAUUGGUGGUGAGCAGAUACGCGUUGACUUCCUUCGAUCACAACCCUCAAGAAGAGAUCAGUGGCCCAAUUCCCAUGACCCAAGAGAUGGACAAUUUCUUGGUAGGGGCACUGGAUUUUCUGAUAUCCAUUCAGCUUAUAAAAGACUGCAUCCACAAUCUUCAGCAGCAGGAAAGGGAGACAGUCAACCUGGUAAAAUUUUGUGGAUAGGCUACCCCCCUUCUGUUCAGGUUGAUGAGCAGAUGCUUCAUAAUGCUAUGAUCCUAUUUGGUGAGAUUGAGAGAAUUAGAAGUUUUCCUUCAAGACAUUACUCUUUGGUGGAAUUUAGAAGUGUGGAUGAGGCUCGACGUGCGAAGGAGGGUUUACAGGGUCGGUUGUUUAAUGAUCCUAGAAUCACUAUUAUGUUUUCGAGCAGCGACUUGGCACUAGGAAAAGAUUACCCUGAUUCUUAUCUUGGAGUAAUAGGGCCAAGACCAGAUUUUCAUGGUAUGCAAUCUGGUGGUGUUUAUGGACCAAAUAUGACAAUGAGGUCUUUUGGUGGCCAUGGUAUUCUUGAACCUGAUUUUCAUGUUAUGCAAGAAACUAAUCCAAAAAGUUUGGAGUCGAAUUGGACAAGGUUGUCUCCUUCACCCGGGAUGUGUAGUUCUCCUAUGCCAGGGAUUUGGCCCAUGAGACAUGCAUCCGGUUCAUGGGAAGUAUCUGAUGCAAACCAAUUUCAAAGAGAUCCAAAACGUUCAAGGAUAGACAAUUCUUUGUCCAUUGACGAUGCUGCUUUUCCUUCAAGAAGGAUUGAUGAUCGUGGGCUAGGAUUUGAACAGCCAUAUGGACUUGGUCCAAUAACUGGUGGACGUGUUUCUUCUGCACUUAUAAAUGUUCAAGGGAGGAGUCGUCAUAGUCCAGUGGGUGCAAAGGUGAUAGCGACUGGUAAUGAUUGCAUAUGGCGUGGCAUUAUUGCCAAGGGUGGUACCCCAGUUUGUUAUGCUCGAUGCAUCUCUAUAGAAAAAGGGAUAGGAUCUGAGCUUCCUGAAGUUGUUAAUUGCUCAGCCAGGACAGGAUUGGAUAUGCUUGCCAAGCAUUACGCUGAGGCUAUUGGAUUUGAGAUUGUUUUCUUCUUGCCUGACAGUGAAGAUGAUUUUGCUUCCUAUACUGAAUUCCUUCGAUACCUGGGGUCUAAAAACCGUGCAGGUGUUGCCAAGUUUGAUGAUGGGACAACCUUGUUCUUGGUCCCUCCCUCAGAUUUCUUGGCAAAUGUAUUGAAUGUUGUGGGGCCGGAGCGUUUAUAUGGUGUUGUUCUGAAGUUACCUCAACAAUCCAUGCAUUUAUCUGAGACUGUUGAGAGACAGAAUAUUCCUUCUCUGCAUGCUGAGCAGACUAUGACUCACCUGAAGGAGGAACAGGUUUUGCCACUGGACUAUGGCAGAUCUUCACGUGACAACCCAAAGGUUCCAUUAAAACCUCAAUUCCUGCAUGCAUCUGAGUCCCAAUUAGUGCAACCAAGUUCCCUGGAUUACGGAUCGAGUAAUACUGCUUCCAUUUCCCAAGCUGGAGUGAGUUUAACUCCAGAGCUUAUUGCUACUCUAGCUUCGUUAGUGCCUGGAGCUGCAGAGUCUGCAGAAAGUGCUCUGCCAACAAGAGUCUCCUCAACAAUCAAACCAUUACCACCUGAGCAUGCAGGUCACUCUUUUGAACAACUGGGCAAUCAGUUUAUUCAGACUCGGUCAUCUCAGAUUCAUAAUUAUCCAUCUCUUUCAAGCUACUCUGCACAGACGCCCCUUGGCAGCUCUCAAAAUCAAGAAUUGACUGUCAGCACACCAAAGCCAGGUGCAGUGUCUUCUAUGCCGUUGACUAAUUUUACAGUUGCUCCUCAAAGUGCACACAUUGCUGUUUCUCCUGCAGUCUGUCAGCAGAAUCAGUUUCAAGUUCCUCCAAGUACUCAAAAAAGUUAUGAAAUGGUGCAUGGAACUGAUGCUUCAACACUAUAUGGUUCAUCAGUUUUUCAGCAGCCCAACAAUUCUACGGGGGCAUCAAAUCUGGUGAAUCUUUCUCAAACACAAAGUAUUAUGUCAUUGCCGGCUGAUAAAGUUAAUUCGGAGUAUCCCAAUCAGAUGCAGCAGCUUCAGUCUGUAGUCUCUGGAACUGGUCAGGGUGUAUCUGAGGAUGAGGUUGAUAAGAACCAACGAUACCAAUCAACACUGCAAUUUGCUGCUAGCCUCCUCCUUCAAAUACAGAACCAGCAAAAACAGCAGCAUGAAAAUACAACUGCAGGGCAAAGGACUGGAAAUCAGCUCUGAGAUAUCCCUGAUCUUGGUGGCUGGCGAUGUUUAGAUUUCAAAUGGGCCUUUUCUGGAGUGCAACGAAAAUUUGUGGGUUUCAAGCUGCCCGGUUCUCAAAUUGUUCAACUUAACUUCUUGGCAAAGAAGGCCUCCAAAAUUAGGGCUAACUUCUUCAUGGAUCCUUCAAAUUGAUCUCCAUCUCCAUUUUUGCUUCUCCUCCUUGUUAAUUGUAAUGUUUGCCAGUGUAUUUUGGUUUAACGAAUUCUUUCUUUUCCGGCCAUAUGGUUUUGGUUUGUGGUGGUAGGGGUGGAUUCAAUCCAAUCCAAGCCAAACGUAACUUAGGACUGACUUGAGCCUGAUUUGAACUCAUAAUGCUUAGUUCAUGUUUGAGUUUAUUCAAAUUGAUAUAUAUUAUUAUCAAAAAACUA